UAGUUCCAAAACUCUGUCGCCAGAGUAUACUAGUGUCUAUAUCGAGCGAGACCUGCCUCCGGUCGACGUCAUUGCGUUUUAAACGUGCUACAAGAAACCCAAAAGUUCUUUUUCCGUUAUAUUUUCAUCACGUUUUUCCUACGGUGUGUGUAUAUUACUGCGAAGAGUUAGUCAGUGUGUGUGUGCUUGUGUGCAGUUUAUUCAGGAAUAUUGGGCGGGUAUUUUUCUUUUCACAACUUGCAUCUAUCCCAUACCCAAAGCUUCCCCUCCCCUUUCCAUACUGUUAGCACUAUAGCUCAGGGCAGGGGCUGAACAGGCAUCAGAGAACCACCAGCCGUCGAGUUGUAUGCAAGUCAUAUUUUCCAGUCUCCUCAACUUUCCAAAACAAUAAUACACAGACAAAUCAAUGGCUGGUUUCCGUUUGCCAUGUCUGAAAUCUUUGGCCGUCAAUGUAAGUGGUAUUUCAGCUCGUGUUUCGGCCGGGUCUCAGCACCUCAAGCAGUUUAAGCGGCUUCAAAAUGCAGUGCAUCCUAGGCUUAUGAGCAGCACCGCCUCUAGCGUCAACUUGUCCUCAGAGAGAAUCAAUGAUAACGUCGUCUAUUCACGCCAUGAGGACUGUUUUCUCCACACUCAAAACGUGGUGCAGCGAUUCUUCGAUCAGGCUUCUCUUUGGCCGAAUCACACUGCUGUGGAAUGUGGCAUAACUGGACGAAAAUAUACUUACGACAAAGUACGCAUGUUGGCCCGCCGUUUCGGUAGUUCAUUGGUUCGGAUGGGAUUCAAGAAAGGUGAAGUAUUGGGAAUAGUUCUUCCAAACCUGCCAGAGUUUCCGAUCGCUUUGCUUGGAGCUGCUGGCGUAGGGAUGCCUGUUACCACCGUCAAUCCUAUCUACACUGUUGAAGAAAUAGCGCGUCAAAUGCAAAAUUCGGGUACCAGCGUGAUUGUAACCAUCCCACAAAUGGCUGACACGAUUCGUCAAGUGGCCAGUCUGUGUCCAGAAGUUCGUCGCCUCAUCGUCGUUGGUGGACCCGAAGAAGGAUUUGUGUCCUUAUUAGAAAUGUUUCAAGAUUCUGGAGACUUGUUUAACGACAACAUUGAGAUUGAUCAUUUUGAAGACAUCUUUGUUUUGCCCUAUUCAAGCGGGACUACCGGUCUUCCAAAGGGAGUGAUGCUGACCCAUUCAAACGUGGGUAGCAACAUUCAACAAGUUGUCCAUCCUGGAACAUCUAGACUUAUACAAACAACAUCUAGUAACGUCACAGAUUCCUUUCAAGAAGUCUACAUAUGCGUCCUACCAUUCUUCCAUAUUUAUGGAAUGUCUGCUGUAAUGCUGACGGGGUUGGACCAUGGAGCCAAACUCGUGACUUUGCCGCGUUUCGAAAGCGAAUCUUUCCUUAAUUGCCUUUAUCAGCAACAUCCAACUAUGCUACAACUUGUACCUCCAUUGGUUUCCUUUCUUGCUCAUCGCCCUGACCUGAAAUUGGAAGCCUUCCAUCGAUUGCACACUGUAUUUUGUGGUGCCGCUCCGUUAGGCCCCGCUGCCGCCUCGAAGUUGAUUGAGAGAUUGGGAAAACACGAUCUACUAAUGCAAGAAGGCUAUGGAAUGACUGAAUCAUCUCCUGUCACCCAUAUGAGCCCUAUAGUUGAUCACAAAAUUGGUUCAUUCGGAGAGCCAGUUUCCCGCACCCGAGUUAAAGUGGUUGACCUCAAUACGGGUGAAUCUCUUGGGCCGGGACAAGAAGGAGAGAUGUGUGUUUUUGGUCCGCAGGUUAUGAAAGGCUACUACAAAAACGUAAAAGCCACCGAAGAAACCAUUGAUAGCGCAGGAUGGCUUCAUACCGGAGACAUUGCCUAUUAUGACGAACAAAACCAGUUUUUUAUUGUUGAUCGCCUAAAAGAGCUCAUUAAAGUUAAAGGACUACAGGUAUCCCCGUCGGAGCUCGAAGAUGUUUUACGGCGCCAUCCCGCCGUUUUGGAUGUGGCGGUUAUCGGUGUUCCUGAUGACAUUUCGGGAGAACUCCCUCGUGCUUAUGUUGUGAAAAAAAGUGGUGCUACAGCGUCCAAGGAGGACAUUGCUGUAUUCGUUGACGAAAAAGUUGCGCCUCACAAGCGACUGAAGGGUGGGGUAGUUUUUAUUGAUUCUAUUCCGAAAACAACCACAGGCAAAUUGCUACGCCGUGAAUUGAAAAGCAUGUUAUUGUCUCAGAUCUCAUGAGGCUAACUCACGUUCGACAAUAUUUUUUGCUUUUCAAAAGCUGCUAUACUCUUUAAAAAAAAAAUAACAAAAAAAAAAACAUGCUAUCAAUUCUUGGAAACGACGGUCGAGGUGGUCACUUUCAAAAUUGGUUUUACUUAUACCUGUCCCCUGCAACAUGUAUAACUCAAUUCGUAAUUCCAUUCUAAGCACAUAGUGCCUUGAAGUAACGACUGGUGAAGUGGAUAUUAGUUUUCACCUUCGAUCAAUUUGAAACUCCUGUAAACUGAUAGUUUUGUCAAACGUAUCAUUUGCGACUGCAUUUUAUUCUUUUCCUCUAAAUUUUUGGUGCGUGCAUAAAUUGCGCCAUAAUUGGGUGAGUGUGUCUCGUACAAUGUCAAAUUGUUAUUUCAUGCAAAUGCAUAUUCAAUGCAACAUUAAAUUCGUUACGUCAUGUCACUGAAUCGCACUACGGUACUGUUGUGAACUGUGUUCUUGUCUGUAAAACAUGUAUGUGAAGGUUAUAAUUUUACUUCAAAUCGAAUUUUA